AUGCUUUGGGACGGUGUGAAUAUCCUGUUCCUCUUCAAACUCAUAAAGCAGCGCUUUGUCAUCUAUGCCUGGUUUUCGAACGAAACAAUAAUUAGGAUGGCUGCUAAGUGACUUUCUUACGCUUUAUUCCUCUGCAUUUAUCAACCGGCUUUCUACUGUGAGGAAGAGCGGUCCCCUUCCCCCAUUAGUCAUUUAUUGAUUUUACUGUGGGCUCAUCCAUCUAUAGUUUAUUCUCUGGGCUGUCUCAGUUGACAUCAUUAAUUAUUUUGUGUUCAGAUUGCCCCAGCUUUGGUUUUUUUGACAUGUCUCCAUCAUUCGGUCAGCAUGUCGGGCUUUCUGGGACCACAGGGUGCUUGUCUGGGACUUUUCCCAGUCCCAAACGGUGCCAUUUCUUCAAGGAGCCCGGGCUUCGGAAUUGGAGGAUGGUGCUUACAGCCAAGAUCUGGGCACCAUAUGCUUUUUGGGAUUUGACAGGCAUGUCUGAGUCCCUGCUGAAUGCCUGGCUCUAGGGCGGGCAUGGGGCUGGUAUACUGUUGGUGGUCAGCAGACGCUGGUGGGAAGAGAGCAAAAAUGAGCACCAUUGUGUUGCCCGGUCCAAGGCUGACAUGGCAGCACUGCGCCCAGGCCUCUGAGCAGGACACUUGGAGGUGACAGAGACCCGCUGCCCUCAAGUUCACACCCUUUGCUGGAACGAUAGGCUUUUCCCAGUCAGACUCCCCUUGACCCCAAGGCCCCAAUUGAUCAUUCCAUUUUACAGAUGAACAAACUGAGCAGGGCAGAGACGAGGUGCCCUGGUUAAGAUGCAAACUGGGAGCUGGCCUCAGGGCGGGGGCUGGCGGGGAGAGGGGUAACAGCAGAGGACCUAGCGGCUACUCAGCGUUUAAGAGCCCGUCCCUCUGACCCUGAACUUGGGGGGAUAUCACUAAUCCUUGCCAGGCUGUGAGCUGCACCCCACCCGCCUCACAAGGCACGUGUCGCCCCCAGCAAGUGACCGGUGCAGCCGGAUCAGGGCGCAGCUCUGUCUUCUCCAGACCCGAGUUCUUUCUGGGCUGUCACCUCCCCUCUGUGGUCUGCAGAACCACUGCCUCCCAAGACGUCCGCAUCCUAAUCCCCAGAAACCGCGCACACAUACGUUACCUUCUGUGGCCAGAGGCUCUGCAGAGGGGAGUAAGUUAAGGAUCUUGACAUGGGAGAUUAUUUUGGGAUCAGAGUCAGAGGGAAAUCCAAGAUGAUGAGCUUCCGGCUUUGAAGAUGGAGGAAGAGGCCAUGAGCCAAGGACUGAGGGCGCCUCUGGAAGCUGGAAAGGCAAGGGAAUCGAUUCUCUCCUGGGGCCUCCAGAAGGAACCAGCCCUGCCGACACCUUGAUUUUAGCCAGUGCUGCUAUGCCGCCUGGCAUCUCUCGGCAGGCCUCUGGGACCCCUCCUGGCCAGAUGGGCGUGUACCCCACAGACCUGACCUUGCAGCUGCUGGCCGUGCGGAGGAAGAGCGGGCUGCCGGACCCCGACCUGCAGCAGGCCCUGCAGGGCCGGCUCCGCCUGCUGGAGAACGACAGCUGGGAGGUGGCCCGCACUCUUGGGGAGUUAUCGGCCAGGCUGCUGUCCAUCCACAGUGACCAGGAGCGGAUUGUGGUGACCUUCAAGACGUUUGAAGAAAUCUGGAAGUUUUCCACCUACCACGCUCUUGGCUUCACUCACCACUGUCUGGAAAACCUGCUGGUGGACCAGGCCUUCUGGCUGCUCUCACCGGAUGAGGACGAGGAGGCGGCCAUCCAAGUCCACGUGGAUGAGGAGGCCUUGAAGCUGACGCACGAGAGCCUCCUUAUCCAGGAAGGGCCUUUCUUUGUCCUGUGUGCCGACCACCACGUGCGAGCGACAACUGUUCCCUGGGGUGCAGGGAGGGGCCCCCAGCCCCUGAAGCGGGCUUCAGGGGAUCCCCAGGGAGAGGCAGCCCCGGCAGUGGACUCUUCAGCUCACCGCCUCAGCACACCCUCCAAGGAGGCGGCAGCGGUGGCCACUCCAGAAACUUUGAUACCAUUUCAUCAAUGGGCUCUUAGGGUUCCUUGGGACCCCUUCGAUGACGCCGCAGAUCGACCUGGGACCUCGGACAUCCAGUCGAUGGCCAUGGGCCUGGCCACGGCGGUGGCAGACUACCAGGGCUCCGGGCCCGAAGAGAUGACCUUCCAAAGUGGUGACCUCAUCGAGAUCCUCGGGGCCCAGGUGCCCAGCCUGCCCUGGUUCCUGGGCCAGCACGUGGCCUCGGGCCAGGUUGGCUUUGUGCAGACGGGCCUCGUCCGUGUGCAGGGCCACGCGUCUGAGUUGGAAAAUGUGAUAUUUCUCAAUGAGGAAGAAAGGUCAUUCUUCACCAAGGAAGGGUGCUUUUCUGAGGAGGACGCCAGGCAGUUACUGAGGAGGACGUCGGGCGCAGACGUCUACACGGUGUUCAGCUUGGACAGACUAGAAGAAGCUGAGAUUGAACCACAGGAAAAACAAGAAAUGCCUUUCCCUGGCCUGCACCCAGAGCCACGUGAGACCCUGCAGAAGGUGAAGAAUGUUCUAGAACAAUGCAAGUCCUGCCACGGCUGCCCUGAGGAGCCAGUGUCCUGGGGCCUCCACGCAGCGUCCAGCGGUGCAAGCUCGCCAGGCGCCGAGGAACCCUCCUUCUGCCUGGACGCUGAGGAUGACUGGGCCGACCCGGAGGCCCUGCGCUCCCUGCUGCAGCUCCUGGACACUCCUGGCUACAAGGCCUGCUUCCGCGGCCUGUACGACCUCUCCCUGCCGGGGCUGAGCACCAUGUUCUGCGGCGUCGCCGAUGAGGACGAGCUGGCCGGGUGCCUGGCACAGGCCCGGGGAGUGGCCAAGAGGGCGAGCCUCCCCGUGGCCCUCGCCAGGCUCUGCUUCGUCCUGGGGCGGCUGUGCGUGCGUAAGCUCAAGCUGUCGCAGGCCCGGGUGUACUUUGAGGAAGCCCUGGGGGCCCUGAAGGGCCACUUCGGCGACCUCUUCCUGGUGGUGGCCUUGUAUGCCAACCUGGCCACCAUCCACCUGAAGCAGAAGAACAGGGAGAAGUGCAGGCAGGUGGUGCCCAAAGCCUCCUCCCUGCUCUUGGGGACGCCCGGCCACAUCUGCAGCACCGAGGGGGAGGCAGAGCUGCUGCGGCUCGCUCUGCAGAGGGCCAUCGGCGGCCGGAGCCCACAGGCCGAGGCCCGCGCCUGCUUCCUGCUGGCCAAGCACCAUAUCCACCUCAAGCAGCCUGAGGAGGCCCUGCCCUUCCUGGAAAGGCUGCUGCUGCUGCACAGGGCCUUGGGGUGCCCGCAUGCCUCGUGGCCCGCAGACUGCUACCUGCUGCUGGCGGACUUCUACAGCCGGAAGUGCCUGCCCCACCUGGCGCUGAGCUGUGUCAGGGUGUCCUCGCUGCAGACCUGGGGCUCGCUGGCCAGCUUGCUCCAGAGUGUGGACCUAGUCCUGCGGAAUGCCCCUCGGGCCCACCGGCCCCCCUCCCAGGUCGCUCCCUACCUCAGGCAGGCACUGGCCCUCCUGGCCCCGGGCGCGGGGCAGGCCCUGCGCGGCCUGCUCUGUGCCAGCCUGGCCCAGCUGCACAGCCACCACGGGCAGCACCGCACGGCCAUCUCCUUCAUGACGCAGGCGGUGGAAGCCGGCGCCGAGACCAGUGGCCAUGUGGUCGUGGACUAUCUGGUGGCCUUGGCCUGGUUGCAUGUGCUUCACGGGCAGAGCCCGGUGGCCCUGGACAUCCUGGAGUCUGUCCUGGACGCAGCAGUGGCCAGUGUGGACCAGGAGGGCGUGAUUGUCAACAUGACGGCCAUCGCCCUGAAGAGGUUGGGCAGGACCCGACUGGCGGCCGAGCGCUACUACCGCGCCCUGCGUGUGGCCAGGGACCUGGGCCGGCGCCAGAACCAGGCGGUGGUCCUGGCCAACUUCGGGGCCCUGUGCCUGCAGGCCGGUGCCAGCGGGCUGGCCCAGCACUACCUGCUGGAGGCCGUGAAGCUCUUCUCCAGGCUGCCCAGCAGGGAGUGCGGCCGGGACUUCACCCAGGUGCUGCUGCAGCUGGGUCACCUAUACACCCGCAGGGCCCUCACCCAUCAGGGCAAGUGCUACUACGAGUGGGCCUUUCUGGUCGCCGUGGAGACGGACCACUUGGAGAGCCAGCUGCAUGCCGUCCGGCAGCUGUGUCACUUCUACAGCAGGGUCAAGCCCAGCGAGGCCCAGUGUGUCGUCUACCACGAGUUCCAGCUCUCGCUGGCCCGAAGGGUGGCCGACAAGGUGCUGGAAGGGCAGCUCCUGGAGACCAUCAGUCAGCUCUACCUGUCCCUGGGCACUGAGCGGGCCUACAGGUCAGCACUGGACUACACCAAGCGCAGUCUGGGGAUAUUCAUCGACCUGCAGAAGAAGGACAAGGAAGCUUAUGCCUGGCUGCAGGCAGGGAAGAUCUAUUAUAUCCUUCAGCAGACCGAGCUGGUGGACCUGUACAUCCAGGUGGCACAGAACGCAGCCCUGUACACAGGGGACCCCAACCUGGGACUGGAGCUAUUCGAGGCCGCCGGAGACAUCUUCUUCAACGGAGCCUGGGAGCGAAAGAAAGCUGUGUCCUUCUACCGGGACCGGGCGCUGCCCCUGGCUGUGACCACAGGGAACCAGGAGGCGGAGCUGAGACUCUGCAACAAGCUGGUGGCACUGCUGGAGGAACUGGAGACGCCACAGGAGGGCCUGGAGUUCGCCCAUGUGGCCCUGGCACUCAGCAUCACCCUGGGGGACCGGCUGAAUGAGCGAGUGGCCUACCACCGGCUGGCCGCCCUGCACCACCGGCUGGGCCAAGGUGAGCUGGCAGAGCACUUCUACCUCAAGGCGCUGUCGCUCUGCAGCUCGCCGCUGGAGUUCGACGAGGAGACCCUGUACUAUGUGAAGGUGUACCUGGUGCUCGGAGACAUCAUCUUCUACGACCUGAAGGACCCAUUUGAUGCAGCCGGGUACUACCAGCUGGCACUGGCGGCGGCCGUGGACCUGGGUAACAAGAAGGCACAGAUGAAAAUCUACACGCGCCUGGCUACCAUCUACCACAACUUCCUGCUGGACCGCGAGAAGUCCCUCUUCUUCUAUCAGAAGGCCAGGGCCUUCGCCUCCGAGCUCAGCAUCCGCAGAGUCAACCUGGCCCCUCAGCGGUGCUGGGGGCGGGCACCCUGGCUGGUCCCCGGCCACCUGUCCUGAGGGCCCGGCCCCCAGCAAGUGGGUCCUGGUGGCUCACUUUCCUGGCAACAGAGGCACGAAAGGAGGGGCCAAGUAGCAAUAAAGGUUUCUGCAGUACCCUCCUCGAGUCUACGCACCCUCUUCCCUGUCGGGCCCCUGGGGGGGCAGGCCCCAUCCUGGGGGCCACCCUGCUGCUGUACCCUGUCCUCAGGGAUGAGCAGGAAGGCUGUGAGUCCAACAAACCCAGGCCAGGUCCCCUGCCAGUCACUCCCCUCAAACCCCAGUUUUGUGUCUGUCCACGGGAGACGGUUGUGGAAUUCCCUGGGUGUCAUUUCCCUUCCCACAGCCCCCGCUGAGUGAACAGCACGAUACUCUGCCUUUAAUCUUCAAACCGCCCUGCGAGGUUUGGACUGUUAUCAUCCCUGUUUACAGCUGAAGAAACAGAAGCACAGAGAGGUUAGGUGCCUUACCCACCGUCACACAGCAGGCAGGGAGGGGCAGAGCUCCAGAGCUCAGCACAGGAAGCACAUCGCCCUGCCAGCCUGCCUGGAGGGAUAGUGGAGUCCGCUGCCCUGUGAGUGUAUUUAGAGGCUCCUCUGGGCCGCCUACCCGAGCCCUCCCCGCCUGCUCCUCUGCCCCCACUCCGGCAGCGACCAGCCAAGGGCCAGGAAGGAGCCCAGGCAUUCCUCGUUGAAACCCGCUCCCUGAUUUACAGGCAGGGAAACCGAGGCUCAGGGAGGCCAUGGCGUCCAGGUGGUUCUCACCCACCAGCACUAUUCCAAGCGCCUUUUUCUUUAUUGUAUUAAUGAGGUGAAAUUCACAUAACAUAAAAUAAAACAUUUAAA